CGGCUCAUUUGCAAUCCCUCAGCUAUUAUCGAUAAAUAAUGUUGCCUUCUCACCUUCGUGAGAAAACGUAAACAAUUUAAGAAACCAGAAAAUGCCCUCGGAAAACAGAAUCAAAAUCCUGCCCAAGGCGGUGGUCUGCGAGGAGAGCAACCUGCGCGGUGACAUCACCUUCUCGUCGGGCUGUGUGGUUCACCCGAGUGCCACCGUUAUCGCCGACGCAGGACCCAUAAUAAUUGGGGAGAACUGCAUCAUAGAGGAAUAUGCCACCGUAGCACACCGUUUGGAGCCGGGCGCCGUUUGGGAUGUUAACAAUAUCCUGAGCAUUGGCACUCACAAUGUCUUUGAAGUCGGCUGCCAAGUAGAAGCGGCCAAGAUUGGCGACAAGAACGUCUUCGAGAGCAAGUGUUUUGUGGGCCGCGGUGUCACUGUUUCCAGCGGUUGUGUGGUGGGAGCUGGAAUAAGGAUCCAUGGUAGUCAACGUCUGCCCGAAAACACGAUUGUUUAUGGAGAGCAGGGACUGCAGCGCGAGGCCAUCGACAAGCAGGGAUCGCAAACCCUGCAGAUCGACUUCCUGCGCAAGGUCCUGCCAAACUAUCAUCAUCUCCGCAAGCCCAACUACGAUCCCAAGAAGGCGCGCAGCGUGGUUUAGUUUUAAGUAUUCUUUAUACACAUAUAUAUCUAAUCCGUCAUGUAUUCUCCACUUUCAUGGCAUUAAACUCGGCCAUCUCCUUUUCGAACGUAA